GGAAGGUACUUGCAAGUGCCAGCACCUGUGUUAGAAGGCUUUCCUAUUAAAGAUGACCCCAGGAAGUUGCUGUGCUGAGUGUUUUUAAGGUGUUACAGAGGGUUUAGAGGCUAUCUGCCUGGGCUGGUAAGCUCUGUCACCUCCUGGCUCCCUGAUCUGACUGGGCUGGCUGUGGGGAUGGGAGUGGGGCAGGCGCUGCUUGUGCUGUUGGCUGCCUGCGCGGUGAUGCCUGCGAAGGACCCGUUGCUGAACAUCUGUAUGGAUGCCAAACACCACAAAACCAAGCCUGGCCCAGAGGGGAUGCUGCAUGACCAGUGUGCUCCCUGGAAGGACAAUGCCUGCUGCACAGCCAACACCAGUUCAGAAGCCCACAAGGACCAAUCCAACCUGUACAACUUCAACUGGAACCAUUGUGGGCUGAUGCCACCCAAGUGCAAGCGCCACUUCAUCCAGGACACAUGCUUGUAUGAGUGCUCACCCAACUUGGGGCCCUGGAUUGACCAGGCUGACAGCAGCUGGCGUCGGGAGAGGAUUCUUCAUGUGCCACUCUGCAAAGAGGACUGCGAGGAGUGGUGGGAGGAUUGCAAGGACUACGUCACGUGCAAAGAGAACUGGCACAAGGGCUGGAACUGGGCAACAGGAACAAACCGCUGUCCUUGGGGCUCCAUGUGCAGACCCUUCAGCCACGUCUUCCCCCGACCAAAAGACCUGUGUGAGAAAAUCUGGUCCAACUCCUACAAAUACACCACAGAGCACCGGGGCAGCGGACGCUGCAUCCAGAUGUGGUUUGACCCUGCCCAGGGAAACCCCAAUGUGGUUGUGGCGAAGUACUAUGCUUGGAAAAAGAGAUCUUCCCCUGCUUGGAUGGAGGAUGUGACUCCUGAGACCGACAAAGCCGUGUGUGCUCUGCCAUGGCCUGUCCUGGUCCUGCUGCCUCUGGCCCUUGUGGUGCUCCCUGAGGCAGCUGGGGGCUGUGGAUCCCAUGGAUGGGGGUCCCUGUGACUGCUCCCUGAAGGGACAUGGCUUGGACUCCUCCAGCUGCCCUACAAGAGGAGCUGGCAUAGGUAACUUAGGUCUGUCUCUUCAAACUGGUCACACACCCCAGUAAAUGCUUUGCAUAAGUUAUGUUGUUGGACAUUGAUACUUGCCUCUACUUUCAGCUGCUGACAAAGACAGUUAUUUCCUUGCUAUCCUACGAAGGGCAAUACCGUGUGUCUUUGCUCUGAUGUAGGAGCUCCUUUGCAUCUAUUCCCACCUCAUGGCUGUGUGCUGGGUUGGCAGUGCUUGUUGAAGGCCCUUGGCUGAGCUUGGGUGUCCGGUCUUUCAGACUGCUCUGACUCCCUGAAGGGUGGGGAUGAUAAUAAAAUAUUCCUCUGAAUCA